AAACCGUCCUUAGUAAAGGGGAAAUAUCACUUCACCAUGAAAUCCUUGAUUUUAAUAAGCACAGUUCUAGCCACUGCAUGGGCUGACCUUCCACGCUAUGGAGGUUCUGGAGGAGGAGGAUCAAGUUCUGGAUUUGGAGGAGGUUUAGGUUCUAGUUUUGGAGGAAGUUCCGGCUCAGGUUUUGGAGGAAGCGGUUCAGGCUCAGGAUUUGGAGGCUCGGCCUUUGGAAGAGGAGGUUCCGGCUUAGGAGGAUGCGGUCCUGGACAAGUGUUGCAUGCUGGUAGAUGUGUCACUCCACGCGAGAACCGCAAAGUCUACUUGUACAACGCACCACCCGCACCACCAGUUCCCCAUGGUCCUCCGCCGUACAUCCCUGAGCCAACCAUUGACACGAAUAUCGUGUUCAUCCGAACACCCGAAGAAGGUCCAGGACCAGACCCCAUUGUCAUACCUCCACCACAACAGCGAAGCGUCGUCUAUGUCCUCAACAAACAGAUACAAGAGCAACAGGGUGUGAUCGAAGUCCCAGCACCGCCAGCAACCAGUCCUGAGGUUUACUUCGUGAACUACGCUGACGGCGAGAACCCAGUUCUUCCCAGCGGUGUGGAUCUUCAGACUGCCUUGAAUGCAGCUUCCCAGGGAGGCGGUCAAGUGAUUGGAGGAGGCGCCGGAGGCAGUGGCGGUGGCUUCGGCGGUAGUGGAGGAAGCGGUGGUUUUGGAGGCAGUGGAGUUGGAAGUGGAUUUGGAGGCAGUGGAGGAAGCGGUGGAUUUGGAGGCAGUGGAGGAAGCGGUGGAUUUGGAGGCAGUGGAGGAAGCGGUGGAUUUGGAGGCAGUGGAGGAAGCGGUGGUUUUGGAGGCAGUGGAGGAAGCGGUGGAUUUGGAGGCAGUGGAAAUGGUGGUGGAUUUGGUGGCAGUGUUAUCAGCGGAGGAUUUGGAGGCGGUGGGGAUAGUGGGGAAAUCAUCGUGAGUGGAGGUGGCGGUGGUUUCAGCAGUGGAGGUUCCCCUUCGAGUCGUUACUCUACUCCAUGAUGAAUUUUCUUGUUUAGAAUUUGUUGUUUCAUAUUGUAAAGAUUGAUAUUUGAAAUCGUUUAUUUUGUAGAGUUUCUAUUAUUGUAAUAAAAAAUAUUGUUCAAAAUGA